AUGGCUCAGACAUGGGCAGUUCUGGUGUCACUCCUUUUCUUGCUAAUCAGUCUUGCUGAAGGGCCAGCUUACAACAUGGUGAGUGUGGAGACUGGUCAUGAGGCUCUGCUGAGUUGCCCUUAUGUCUCUGAGGCAUCUUUGCUAAUGGUGACAUGGAAAAUGAAAUGCAGCACUUGCUGCUUGUUGAGCUACAGAAGUGAUCACAAUGAGACAAGGAAGGUAAACUGCAGUGAGAGGAUGAUGUGGAAAUAUUCCCCUGGCAGUGACCCUGCUCUUCGUAUUUACCCUGUGAACCUCAGUGAUGAGGGAAAUUACACCUGUGAGGUUGUCAGCAGUGAAGGGAAUUUUCACUUUCCUUCUUCUCUGUCUGUGACAGUCCCUCCUACAGUGACUCUGACCUGUGACAAGAGCAGGGUGGCUGUUUGUCAAGCAGCUGCUGGAAAGCCAGCUGCUGACAUCUCCUGGAUCCCUGCAAGUAAUCACAGCACCGAGGAAGAAGUCCAUCACCUCGAUGGAACAGUGACCAGAGUGAGCCACAUAGACUGGGUCAACAGCACACUUCCCACCGUCACCUGCCUGGUUACUCACCCAGCUACAAACCAGACCCUGUCCCUGUCAUGUACUUCUCCCAGGCUUCUCUAUCUCCUGAUAGGAGGAUCUGUAGGUGUUGCUGCUGUCAGUGGUGUGAUUUUAUAUUUGAUUUUCAGGUACACAGGCUACACUAUCACGUGCGAAAGCAGAUGUCUUAUCAGAGGCUAUCUACGAGAAUUACCAACCACAAAUGAUACCAGUAUGGCUCUUGAACCAUUUGAAAUUUUUAAAUACAUAUCUGAAUUUUGUUUGAAAAUGGGCUCCAAG